AUACAUGCAUGUGUAUUAUAUAGUUUUAAAUAUGUAUUAGUAAAAUCCAUUUUUUAAUGUAUAUAAAUUAGAAAUACAUUAUUUCUUAUAAAAACAAUUUUUUUCCACAAAUAACAAAAAAAUUUUAUGUAUCAUGUCUUCUUGAUAUAUUUUUCUAAUAUAAAAAGAUAAAAUUUUUAGAGAAUAUAAUCGAAAAAGAAAUGACACAUGAAAUUUUUUUUCAUAUAUAAAAAUUUUGAUUCGUAUACAAAGUAUCAUAUGUAAAAAAAUUAUAUAUAUGUAAAAUACGAUAUGUACAAUUUAUAAAAAUAAAAAUAUAUAUAAAAUAACAAAAAAGAAUAUAGGAUAAAAAUUUGUACAUUUUUUUAUAAAAAAUACAUAUAAUAUUUAAAAAUUUUUAAUUUAACAUAUAAAAAUUUAAAAAUAUAUAUUAAAAAGAAUGAUAAAUGAUAUUAAAAAUACAAAAUAUAUUUUGCCGAUAAGUAAGACAACGAUCAAAAAUCAGCGUCAUCUCAUUUUGGAUUGUGGAAGCUCUCUAACUUGUUACUAGCAUAGUAAAAUAUGCAAGAAGGUAUAUGACACAGAAAAAAAAAGGAUAUUGUACGAAAAGAACAGAGUAUCACUAUUUUUGGUCAUGUAAUUUCAUGUAAUAUCAUUACCUCAAUAAUAUUAUAUUGAAAAUUAAUUAAUUAUUAAUUUUUUGUUAAAAAUUUAUACAAAUCUAUAAUUUAGAUUUGCAUCUUAAAGUUAAAAUUUCAAACAAGUUUUUUGUAGCAAUUUUGUAUUAUUUUUUUUUAUUAUUAUUUAUUUAUUCUGAAAGUAUUUAUUUAAUAAAUUUUGUAAAGAAAACUAUAUCCGAAGCGAAAAACUUGUAAAAAUAAACUUGUAAAUGUAAAUAUAAAAUGUUUGAAAAUGUAAGAAAAAAAAAAGAUUAAAAAGUAUAUAAAAUAUAAUAAUUGUACACAUAAAAAUACAAUAUUAAAUAUAUAUACAUAUAUAUGCAAUAUAUGUAUAAAAAUGUACAAUUUUUCUAUAAUUUUAAAAGCAAAUUUCACUAUUUUUAUGAUAUUGUUAAAAAAAUAAUCUUAAAUUAUUAAAUUAUAAAAGAAAUUAUAAUUUUUUUAAAAUUAUAUUUUACUUAAAAUUCAUUUUCUUAUACAAUUUUUAUUAAUUAUGAAUUUUUUACAAUUUUUUUUAUAUCUUUUCUUAAGAUAUAUUCUAUCUUUUUAAAAAUCAAUUUUAAUUAAAAAUUUAAUUAAUAUAAGAUUAUAAAUGCGAAUCGAUGAGAAUAACCUAUAUAUUUAUAUAUUGGCCAACACUUAUUCCUUAAAACUUAUUUUUAUAUAUAAGUAUAUAUCUAAAUGUUACAUAAUAAUAAUUUAUAUAAUCUAUUUGAAAAAUAUUUACUAUUAUAUGUAUAAAUGAAAUCACUUUGAAUUAUUUUAUUAAAAAUCCAAAUCUUUACUGAACAUGCGUACCUAUGUAGAUCUAUUCGACGUGUAUAUAUUCGACAACCUUCAUGUUUCUCAUUGCUAUAUUUUAACGGAAGUUGCGUUUCUUAGAAGUAACAUAUAUUAAAAAAUAUAUUGAGUUUAAAUAAAAUUUGUUAAAUAUCAAAUAAUAAAGAAUUAAUACUAUAAAACAUGUCAGACCCAGAACUUGAAGCAAUACGACAACAACGUUUAGCUCAAUUGCAAUCCCAAUAUAAGAAUAAUAAUGCAGAAAAUAAACAAGCAAUGGAAGAAAAAAUACAACAAAUGGAAGAUAUGAGAAAUUCUAUUCUUACUCAAGUAUUAGAUCAAUCAGCUAGAGCAAGAUUAAAUACAUUAUGUCUUGGUAAACCUGAAAAAGGAAAGAUGGUAGAAGAUAUGAUAUUAAGUAUGGCUCAACGAGGUCAAUUACCUGGUAAAUUAGGGGAAAAAGAACUUAUCAGUUUACUUGAAAGUGUAAAUCAACAAACACAAAGAAAAACUGUUGUGAAGUUUGACAGACGAAGAGCAGCAUUGGAUUCGGAUGAUGAUUUAUAGCACCUAUAUACAAUUAUAUGUGGUUUGUUAAAGACGACAUAAUAUUCUUUGUCUAAUUUUUGAACAAAAGUUAAGAUUAUAAUACUAUUGUACGCUUAAUUAGUCAUACAUUUUUAUUUUUUAUGAUAUAUUGAAAUAAAAAUUAAAAUCUAAUAUUAA